AUGAGAUCAUCCAUUACAUCCAAUGGUGAGACCUUGAACCCUAAUAAAUCUUUUAAAUAGAUCUGUGGAGAAGCUUCAGACUGCCUUAUUAGGUUAAAUAGAGAUAUUGAUUUCGAUAGGCAAUAAGAUGAAGAAUAGACAUUGAUUGUUAAUAAUAGAUAGGAAUUUGAUGAGUUAAUCAAUCCAGUAUUUUAUACUGGCUAUUUGAAAAAUCUGGCUCUUUCUGUAAGUAAUUACUCUCAAAAGAACUGCGAUAACUACAAUUUAUUGGCAAGUCCAAAAUUAGUCCAGAGCAAGGAAGGAUUGAUAAUGGAAUAGCAGAGUAUAAAUUUGAUGAAACUGGAUGCUUAGAUUAUGCCAAGAGCAGAUGUCCUUUUAAAGCUCUGCUCAAAUGGAUUGAAAGGCUAAACUUAAGUCCAUAAAGCAAUGAUUAAAAUACAAAUCUAACCAUCGUAAACAUCAAGUUCAGAUAAUCAGAUGGAAGAUAAAUCAUUCUUGAAGAAAAUAAUCGAGCGUUAAGACAAAUCUCACACAUAGGUAAAAUACAGGAAUCCGAAAAUGAGGGAGGAGAUUACAAUGGAGCUUUACUGGGACACUUUGUAUGUGAGAAUCCUUAAAGAACGAUAAGUACUUUCUGCUGUAGUGGUUCAGCCAGAAUUUUUAUUUCAAAGCUACAAUAACUACUACUCACCAGUCAUAGGAGGAUAGAAUAUAAAUCAAGGCUUCACCUAUCAAAUGAGCUAGAUAGCUGGAAGUAGUGAGCAGAUUAAAUCAUCUAGUACUAAUUAGCCCUAUAAGGUAUUUUAGCCAUUAAGAUAAUCAUAAAAAAACUGGCAAUCUUAAAUGAGUAAAACUUCUGGGAAAUAAAUCGCAUAGUUGGAUUAAGAUGCUAUAAGAGAUAUGAUUAUACAUUAAAAUUCAAAUACUUUAGAAUAGAAACCUAGUCAAACUCAGCUAUUAGUGCCUAUUGUUUAAACUAGAGAAUAAGGGCAGACAAGCAAUAGAAAUAAAUAAGGUGGAGGAAAUAUCACCACUUAGCAAGUCAAUAAAUUCUAACAGCAGAAAUAAUCCAAUAAUAGACCAUAAACGAUGAUGGGUGUAGGGGAGGAACCACCUCAAUUAGAAAAGACCAAGAAGUUUUCAAAUGGUUUGUUUAGUGAAUUCCAUCAUGAUCUAGAUCAAUUUGGUGAGUCAGAAUUUCCUUUGAAUAUAUCUAAUAACAGAGAAUAAGAAAAAGAAAAUACAAAUAAAUUUGGACAGUAAAAAUGCAACAAAGAAUUUAAUUCUGGACUGAAAACAUAAUAGCUAAGUGACAAUAAGUUAAAUUAGAAAAAUUCAGAUAUGAUGAUAGACAUCAAGCCUUCUAAAGAUGUCAACAGCACUGAUAUCAAUAUCUCUUUGCUGCCCAAAUAAAUUUAAAAGUAUAAUUCAAAGCGCGACAAAUAGCGUAACAAAAAACAAUUUAAAUCUGAUUUUCAAGAAAAGAGUAAAACGCUUAAUGAGAUCUUAGCUGAUGAUGAUGAAAAUUAUUAUUCUAGCAAUCAGAAGUAAGAUGACGAUUUUUUGAGAAUAUCAAAUGAUCAUGAACUUGUUGAUUAAAAUCACUUUAGAGACAUAGAGAUUUCAACACCUCGAGGUACUGAACCUAAUUCUAUGUGCAGAUCAACUACUACUGCUUCGAGAACUAUUAACUCAAAGAAAUAAAAGCAUUUUAUCAAUGACUCUAUUGCUGUGAUUAAACAUUAAAAUUAGAAUGGGAACAAUACAAUCUUGAUUUAGCCUUAAAAAUUUAUAUCACCAACCAUUCAACAUAAAAUCAUAUAAAACAAAUAAAAUAAAACUACCGAGAGCUAACCUAAUUCACAAAAGCAAAGCUUACCAGAGAUUCCUUAGUUAAAUAAUAAAUUCAUCAGAAAAUCUCCUUAAAAUGCUAAUUUCAGUUUGGUUGAUAACAAAGGAAUUUCUAAAGCAAAUUAUAUAGGAGCUUAAAUUUUCUUAAAAAACAGCAGUUAAAGUCCCAAAUAUCUGAGAGACCAUAAUCCUUUGCAAAAAAGUAUGAAUCUGCCCUUUAGUACUUAGGUACAGUAGCAAAACCAAAAUUAUAACCCCUAUUAAAAUAUGUAAAAUCACACCUAGACUACUAUAACUAACCCAGCAACUAAAUUCAUCAGCAAAACUACUGCAUUAAACUUACAGCGACAUCAAAGUCCAUUAGUUGGGCGUAUCAUUGAAAAUUCAGCCGAAGAUAUUACGCAAUAGCUAAUAAAUCAAAUGAGUAAAGCUAAGAGAGAAAAUGGAGCCGUAAGUAGUUUAGGAUAGAGACAACUUAUAUCUAAAAUAAUCAACAGAGAACGAUAAAUUGCUUCUAGAAAAGAUUAAAUUCCGAUGUGA